AUGGACAAACGACAGACAGCGGUCGUGGAGGGGCUGAUGGAGCUAGACCAGACAGACGGGGCUGCGGUGGUGCGCCCGCCCCCCGCCGGCCAUGCGGCCCCCCAGUGCCCCCGCCCAGCUGGCUGCCCUGCUGCGCUCAUCCCGCCCGGCUCCCCGCAGCCCCGCCGGCGCCCCCUGGCGCCUGUCGCCGGUACCGCCUCUCGCGGGACCAUGAAGGGGCUGCUGGGUGCCCUGCUAGGGGCGCGGGUUGCCGGCGGCUUCGUGCCCCCUUCGCCGGCAUGGCCCACGAGGCCUCGCCAUCCCUCGCUGGAGAUCCUGGCGUCCGCUGCCUCUUUCCACCUGGCCUUCGCUGCCGCCGGCUGCCGCCGGGCCCCGCUGCUCGGCCCGCCCAGCCGCCGCCGCCUGCUCCUCCACGCCGCCGCCAACGUCCUCUCCGUGGCCUGCGCCUACAGCUCCUUCGUGGCCGUGCCCAGCGCCAACGCCGCCACCGUCCGCAAAGGCUGCUCCACCCUGGGCUCGGCCCUGCUGGGCCUGUGCCUGGAGAGCCGCCCGCUGAGCGGCUACGACUGGUUCGGCCUGCUGGGCAGCACCCUGGGGCUGCUUAUCAUGGUGGUGCCGGAUCUGCUCAGCCUGGACCCCAGCACCCGCCUGGCCGACGCCUUCGGCUACGCCCUGGCCUGCCUGGGCGGCGUGGCCUUGGCCCUGGGCUUGGCCAUCUUCCGGGCCUUGGAUUUCCCGGCCAAGCUGUCCACGGCGGCGUUCGCCUUCGGGGCGCUGGGGGGCCUGGUGUGCGCCCCGGCCAUGUUCCUGCUGCAGGAGCCGGUGCUGCCGGCCGAGCCGCUCACCUGGAGCUGCACGGUGGCCGUCGGGGUGCUGGCCGUGGCCUCCUUCCUGUGCGCCAGCCACGCGGUGACGCUGGCGCACCCGGCUCUGGUGUGCGCCGUGCUGCACUCCGAGGUGGUGGUGACGCUGGCCGUGCAGUACUACGUGCUGCGGGAGGCCGUGACCCCCUUCGACGUCAUGGGGGCCGGCGUCAUCCUGGGGAGUAUCUCCAUCAUCGCCGCCCAGAACGUCAGCUGCCACCUGCGGGACGAGGAGGGCGAGGAGGGGUGA